AAAAAAGAACAAUAUGCCCUUGUGGUGCAAAUUACACGGUCACACAUUUUCAACAAUAACAGGUCAUCCAAGCACACUGACAUCGCAAAUUAUGAUGUUUCAACCAAGAGUCAGCUAACCAAGUGUGUCAACAGCGUCGGCUCAUUGCUAAGUGAACCAUGGGAGUUUGAUUGUCAAUAAACCACGAUUUUUGUUGAAAAUACAUGAUCAUAAUGUGGAAUCGAUUUAAUGAUGAUACUAGAUUUUAGCUCAAGCAUAGCAAUUGAAGACAUGUUGCAACUAGUACAAAGUAUUGUACCAAUGGUCACAAGGCUCAAUGAGAUUACGGGAAUAGGCACAGACAACAGCCAAUCUCAAAUUGGAAUUAUUCAGUAUGGUAUACAAGUAGUCACAUCUGUACGAAUUGGUGAACAGACAACAUAUCAAGAAGUGGUUGAUGCAGUGAACAUGAAUAUAGAUUAUAGAUUUGAUCUUGGUACAAAUACAAGGACGGAUCUGGCUCUUCUUGAAGGUUUGCAACAACUUUUUAACUCUGGAAGAGUCGGGAGGAAGAAGGCUAUCAUCAUUUGCACUGACGGGGCAACGUUUCCAGGACAAUAUUCUCAGACCACAAAACUAUAUGCUCAAUAUGCUUCUGAUGUCUAUAAAAUCCCGAUAAUUGUGCACAAACUACCAAAUUUAUUCUUGGGAACACCAGAAGGCUCAACAUCUUCUGCGCAAAUGGAAGAAGAGAUAUAUUUCCUGUCUAAUAUGACGACUUCCCGAGUGUACAGACCAACAGAUUUCAGUCAGGUGACUAACAUUCUAACCAAAACCUUGGAAGACAUUUUCUUUAGAACAGACUCAAAUCGCCAGCUUGGUGUCACAGACUGUGUAAUACCACCUACAGGAUGUGUAUGUGGAAAUGAUGGAUAUGAGUUUGUUUCUGAUAACUGCUACAGAUGUGACCCUCCACGUCCAGCUGGUUGUUUCAAGAUUCAUUAUGGUUCCUACAGUUGGGAAUAUGCUGAAUUAAUCUGCCAGUCUGAAGGAGCUCAUCUUGCAUCAUGGAAUGAUGACAAUUGUUUGGACGAUAUCAAGUCAUAUAUAGGAUCGAAGGGCUAUGUUGAUAAUCAAUAUUUCUGGACUUGUGCUUCCGAUCCUGCAUAUUUCUUCUCGUGUGACCCUACUUGCCUUGGCUAUGUUCCUGGACCAGUGGAAGUCGGCUCAAGCUCGAGUGCUUUCAGCAGCAGUGAUGAUAGUUCUAGCAGUGAUGAUAGUUCUAGCAGUGGAUGUAAUACUGAUAGCAGCAGUAGCAGUAGCGAUAGCAGUAGUGAAGAAAGUGAUGGUUGUGGUCCCUUUUGCUACACAUUGAAGUAUGAUGCGGCAUCAUUGCUCACAUCACCACAAAGAAAGAAAUGUAGUUAUGCAAAGAUGUUUAUUUGUCAAAGGGAGUGUUUAUAAUGUGGAUAAAAGAGGCCACACUGAGGAAUAUGUGGUGGUGAAGGAAAUUGAAAUUUAAGGGGAAAUGUGACAAUAUAUUUUUUAAUUUGGAAAAUAAAAAGCGAUUCCUAAAAAAAAAAUAUGACUUGUGUUUACAUUUGGAAAUGACAAGGAUCAACACCAGGAGCAUCAGAUGCAUGGACAUGAAAAAAAACUUGUAUUAAACAGGAGUAUGUUUAACAUUCUUUUUAAAGUAACUUGAUCUUUAACUGUAACUUUUGAUAUCAAAUGAAUAAAGAUAUUGAGAUUUGAAAAAUAGUAACUUUUGAUAUCAAAUGAAUAAAGAUAUUGAGAUUU